GCCUUCUCCGCUUUUUUUGCCGUGCGCGUGUGUGUCCAGGCGACGCAGCUACAAUGUCUAAGGGACCAUCUGUUGGGAUUGAUCUUGGCACCACCUAUUCUUGUGUGGGUGUCUUCCAACAUGGCAAGGUGGAAAUCAUUGCCAAUGAUCAGGGUAACAGGACCACGCCAAGCUACGUUGCGUUCACUGACACAGAGAGGCUUAUUGGUGAUGCUGCAAAGAACCAAGUGGCAAUGAACCCCACUAACACAGUCUUUGAUGCGAAGCGUCUGAUUGGUCGCAGGUUUGAUGAUGCUGUUGUCCAAUCUGAUAUGAAGCACUGGCCUUUCACUGUAGUGAAUGAUGCUGGCAGACCAAAAGUUCAAGUGGAAUACAAAGGAGAGACAAAAAGCUUUUAUCCAGAGGAAAUAUCCUCCAUGGUGCUAACCAAAAUGAAGGAGAUAGCCGAGGCAUACUUGGGAAAGACUGUUACAAAUGCUGUAGUCACAGUCCCCGCUUACUUCAAUGACUCCCAGCGCCAGGCUACAAAAGAUGCCGGAACCAUUGCUGGACUCAAUGUUCUCCGGAUCAUUAAUGAGCCAACUGCAGCCGCUAUUGCUUAUGGCUUGGACAAAAAAGUUGGUGCUGAGAGGAACGUCUUGAUCUUUGACCUUGGUGGUGGCACUUUUGAUGUCUCCAUCCUCACCAUUGAAGAUGGAAUCUUUGAAGUAAAGUCCACUGCAGGUGACACCCACUUGGGUGGCGAAGAUUUUGACAACCGAAUGGUCAACCAUUUCAUUGCGGAAUUCAAGCGCAAACACAAGAAGGACAUCAGUGAAAACAAGCGAGCUGUUCGCCGGCUCCGUACCGCCUGCGAGCGUGCGAAGCGUACCCUUUCCUCCAGCACUCAGGCCAGUAUUGAAAUCGAUUCCCUGUAUGAGGGCAUUGACUUCUACACCUCAAUUACCAGAGCUCGCUUUGAAGAGCUGAAUGCUGACUUGUUCCGUGGCACUCUGGAUCCCGUGGAGAAAGCCCUGCGGGAUGCUAAGCUAGAUAAAUCUCAGGUGCAUGACAUUGUAUUGGUUGGCGGGUCCACCCGAAUUCCCAAGAUUCAAAAACUCCUCCAGGAUUUCUUCAACGGCAAAGAACUCAACAAGAGCAUCAACCCUGAUGAAGCUGUAGCUUAUGGUGCAGCUGUUCAAGCUGCAAUUCUGUCCGGGGACAAAUCUGAAAAUGUUCAAGACCUGUUGUUGCUGGACGUCACUCCCCUGUCCCUGGGUAUCGAAACAGCUGGUGGGGUCAUGACUGUCUUGAUCAAGCGCAACACCACAAUCCCCACCAAACAGACUCAAACAUUCACCACGUAUUCCGAUAACCAGCCAGGUGUGCUGAUUCAGGUUUAUGAGGGGGAGAGAGCAAUGACUAAGGACAAUAACUUGCUGGGCAAGUUUGAAUUAACUGGCAUCCCUCCAGCUCCCAGGGGUGUACCUCAAAUUGAAGUAACAUUUGAUAUUGAUGCCAAUGGCAUCCUCAAUGUGUCUGCUGUCGAUAAGAGCACUGGCAAGGAGAACAAGAUCACCAUCACCAACGACAAAGGCCGUCUCAGUAAGGAAGAUAUUGAGCGCAUGGUCCAGGAAGCAGAGAAAUACAAGGCUGAAGAUGAAAAGCAGCGUGACAAAGUGUCAUCAAAGAACUCCCUAGAAUCUUAUGCUUUCAAUAUGAAGGCUACUGUGGAAGAUGAGAAGCUGCAAGGCAAGAUCAGCGAUGAAGACAAACAGAAGAUCCUGGACAAAUGUAAUGAGAUCAUCAACUGGCUGGACAAAAAUCAGACUGCAGAGAAGGAGGAAUUUGAGCACCAACAGAAGGAACUGGAGAAAGUCUGCAAUCCCAUCAUAACCAAGCUGUACCAGAGUGCAGGUGGCAUGCCAGGAGGUAUGCCUGGUGGCUUCCCUGGUGGUGGAGCACCCCCGUCUGGAGGGGCAUCUUCUGGGCCAACCAUUGAAGAGGUCGAUUAAAGCACUAAGCAAUGGCGUUCCACGGACCACCUUCAAAACAAAGACUCAAUUGAAUUACAAGGGCAUUCUUGAUACUUUGAACAUAUUGAAUAGGGAGGGGAAGGCAAACACUGCACUUUACCAGUACUCUGUUAAAAAAAAGUGGAAAUGCAACUUGAUUCCCAAUAAACAAACCUAUUUAAUUGGCAACAUGAAA